AUGCAGUCCCUGACCGCAGAGAUCCAGAGCUUCUCUCGCUCGCGGCUCAGGAAGCAGUGCACCCGUGUGACGUCACUGAGCGGCCGGCGGAUCAUCGAGACGUGGAAGGGCUCCACGAUCACUGUGGUGGAGGACCCCGUCCCCCCAGAGAGGAUGCUGGGAUACGUCCCCGACACUUCCUGGGACUUGCAGGUCGGCAUCGUCAAACCCUACCUGCUGCUGGGUUCACAAGAUGCUGCACACGACUUUGGCACUCUCAGAAAACACAAGGUGUCUAACAUCCUGAACGUGGCCUUCGGCGUGGAGAACGUGUUCCCCGACCUGUUCAUCUAUAAGACGGUCAGUAUUCUGGAUCACCCCGACGCCGACGUGCUGCUCCACCUGCAGGACUGCUGCGCCUUCAUCCAGCAGGCCCGCAGCGAGAAGGGCGUGGUGUUGGUCCACUGCAACGCCGGCGUGUCCCGGGCCCCGGCAGUGGUGAUUGGCUACCUGAUGUCAUGUGACGGCCAGUCGUUUGACGCCGCUCUCUCAUUGGUCAAAUCGGCCCGACCGGUUUCCUCUCCGAACCCCGGCUUCCUGGAGCAACUGAGGGGCUUCAAAACGCCGCCGGUCAACGGGUCCAAACACUGA